AUGGCCAAUAGAAGGAACCCAAGGCGGAAUCGGGCGCUGGAAGAAAGCCUACAACAGUCGUGCCUGCUGUGUAAUCUUCCAGACUGCAACGAGAUGGUGUGCUGUGGCCGAUGUAAUCAGUGGUUUCACUUCGACUGCGUCGGAGUUAAUGAAGACGUGGCUAAUGUGUCCUGGAGCUGCCCGGAUUGCUUGCCAGCGCCAGCUACAAAUCCGGCUCCACAACUGCCACUAUCAUCAAUACCACCGACAGCAAAUACAGAACGCACGCUUGCAGAAGUGGAGGUUAUUAACAGACUGCCAGCGGACCGUCGUAUCCAGUUCCUGGAGCAGCAGGAAGCCAUCGAGCAGCGAUACUUGCUGCACAUACAUCGUCCUGUAGCUUCUUCAUUCGUUCCACGUCAGCGCGGUUAUUAUUCGCAUGCUUCUGCAUUCUCCCAUCCUCAUGGCAAUCAGCAUCAGCAAGCUUCCACAUUUGUCCCACUCACUGGUAAUUUACAACCAAUCGGUCCGGAGUACUAUCCGUCAGCUUUCCACAACGAUCCUACUGCAACAGGAGGAGCGACGCUGCUCAACAAAAGCCAAAUUGCCGCUCGCCAUGCAGUACCGAAGGAGCUACCAGUAUUUACCGGUGAACCGGAGGAGUGGCCUCUGUUUUUCGCUUCCUUCGAAAACUCGACGCAUCUUUGCGGGUUUACACCUGAAGAGAAUAUGGUUCGACUGCAGAAGUGUUUACGAGGUAAGGCGUUAGAAUCAGUGAGAUGUCAGCUGUUGCACCCUAGCAACUUGGAGCAAGUGCUUGGUACACUCAAGAUGCUGUUUGGUCGCCCGGAAAUCGUUGUACAUUCGCUUCUACAGAAAAUCAACAAUCUACCGGCCCCGAAGGCGGACCGCCUUGGAACACUUGUCGACUUUGCUCUCGCUGUACGCAAUAUGGUGGCGACAGUCAAGGCCUGCGAACUAGAGGAGCACUUAUGCAACCUCACCCUUCUGCAUAGUUUGACCGAACGGCUUCCUCCGAUGAUCAGAUUAAACUGGGCGACACAUCGACAAUCUCUUCGUGUCGUAACGUUGUCCGAAUUCAGUGAUUGGUUGUAUAAGUUAGCAGAGGCAGCGAGUGCAGUGACCAUGCCACAGUUUUCUACCGCCAUAGACAGCAAAUCUCGCCGAGGUAGGAAGGAUGAUGGAUUCUUGAACGCGCACACUGAAGUAAGUCCAAAAGCGAGGCAGUUGGAAACAAACAACGGUUGUCUCGUCUGCCAGGGACGCUGCGUGGCUGUGGAGAAGUGCAAGCGGUUCAUUUCGUUCGGUCUCUCCGCUCGCUGGGACACACUUCGUGAGCACAAACUGUGCCGCAGUUGUCUGAACAAUCAUCGUGGUCCGUGCAAGUCGGCGAAGCCAUGUGGGAGAAACGGAUAUCAAUACAAACAUCAUUGGCUAUUGCACAACGAUGGGAAGGACAAACUGGUUCAAGCAACAGCGUUCCCCAACAAGCCCUCGUCGAAAGAUCAUCGGAUGUCGAGUCGUGCAAUACGCAUCGAGGAGGAGGAAAGGCCGUUCUAUUCCAACAGUGGAUCAUCAUUAACACUGAUGGAGGACAGUUUGGCGGAGGAGUUAAACCUGAAUGGUGAGAAGUACCCCUUGUGUCUGCGAUGGACUGCGGACACCUGCCGGUAUGAAAAGGAUGCCAAGAUAGUCUCGCUCAACAUCUCUGGCACACAUAGUGGAAGCAGUCUGCACAGUUUAAAGGAGGUCUACACGGUGAAAGAGUUAAAGCUCCCUUCUCAAUCUCUACCGGCUGAUAAUCUGUGUGCAAAGUACGUGCACCUGAAAUCACUGCCACUAGAAUCUUACAGCAACGUUCAACCAAGGAUAAUGAUCGGUGUUAGCAACGCAAGAGUGAUGCACGCUUUGGACAGCCGUGAAGGGAACCCAGACGAACCGGUGGCGAUUAAGACUCGUCUUGGUUGGACUGUCUAUUGCACUUGCCCAUCGGCGUGUGUAUCAGCUGACAGUACCGCUCCACUUAGCUUCCAUAUCUGCUCACAUUCCCAUGGACCAGAUGAAACCCUACACGAAACGGUUAAGAACUAUUUCGCACUCGACAGUUUGGGGAUCAGAGCUCCGCAACAAUCCAAGGAAGACGACAGAGCACUAUCAAUACUGCGCGAUAUCACCACUUUCCAGAAUGGGCGCUAUCAAGUUGGUCUACUAUGGAAGUUUGACGAUGUGCGUCUGCCAAACAAUCGAUCCAUGGCGUUGAGACGUCACUACUGUUUGACGAAGCGGAUGGAACGAGAACCACAGUUAGCUGCAACAUUAAGAGCGAAAAUGACGGACUACGUCAGCAAAGGUUAUAUCCGUAAGCUGACACCAGAGGAGUGUCGAGUAACUGGAAGUCGCACCUGGUACUUACCGAUUUUCCCGGUAUUCAACCCCAACAAACCGGGGACAGUUCGAAUUGUCUUCGAUGCAGCUGCAACUUUCGGAAAUGUCUCCUUAAAUUCCGUACUGUUCAAAGGUCCAGAUCAGCUAAACGCUCUGCCACCAGUCCUGUACAAAUUCAGAUAG